AUGGCGCAGAAAUGUGUGCACAAAGGCUGCGGGAAGGUGUUCGACGAUCCAGACGAAGCAUGCGUCUACCAUCCAGGGUUCGUUUGGUCCCACCUUGAUGAACUUCGGCGCUCGAUUGUACUGACUGAAGUGUUGCUAUAGCCUACCCGUCUUCCACGAAGGCCAGAAAGGUGGGUCUGCCUCCCUCUUGUAGUCAUGCGGAUUGUAUAGCGAGUUGUACUGACCGGACCCAGGCUGGAAAUGCUGCAAGCCCCGGGUCCUCACCUUCGAUGAAUUUAUGAGCAUACCACCAUGCACCACCGGAAAGCACAGUACGGUCGAUGAUACGCCGGCUGAGGAACCAAAGCCGGGAUUCACUGAGGAGGAGGUAGAGGCCAGGAUCCAAGCACAGCAAGAGAAGAAGGACACAUUACCACCACCGGUUGCCAGAGCACCGAUUGCUGCAUCGUCUCCACGGCCGUCGCCAAGCCCAGCUCCCCCGGAGGAAGAGGAAGAUGAUCCCGAAUUACCAGUGCCAGACGGAGCGAGCUGUAAGCGAAAGAGCUGUGGGGCAACGUAUAAAUCUGGACAGAACAGAGACGAGGAGCAAUGCGUGCACCACCCUGGACAGGCGCUGUUCCACGAGGGCAGUAAGGGAUGGACCUGCUGUAAGAGGAGGGUGCUGGAGUUCGACGACUUCAUGAAAAUUCCGGGCUGCAGGACAACGACCAGACAUCUUUUCGUCGGCAAAAAGAAGGAUGCCGAUGCCAUAGAGCAGCUCAUGGAGGUGCGAAACGACUUCUACCAGACCGCUACGAGUGUCAUUGCGUCGCUGUACCUGAAGAAGAUUGAGAAAGAACAAUCAAAAGUGGAGUUCUCCGACGACGGCAAGAGCGUGAACUUGGAUCUACACACGAGCGACAGGAAGCGAUAUCAGACGGCGAUGGAGUUGUACGGUCCCAUCAAACCUGCAGAGAGCAAGUUCAAGAUCAUGGGAACCAAGCUUGAGCUCACGCUGGCCAAAGCUGACGGUCUCGGGUGGCCUGUCUUGAGAGCCGAUGAUCCUCACACAGGGGAGAUCAUCCAAGCCGGCAGAGCAGGGAGGGUUUGA